ACAGCCAGGAAACUCAGGAACUCAUCCUGCGGGAGCCAAUCACGGGCGCCCGUCAGGGCAUACCGGUGCCCUCGGCGUUCACGUGCGGGUGGCCGACCGCGGCCGUGUUCUGCGCAGCCGACGGGUGCGACCACUGCGACUGUGCGGGGGGGCCCCUUCGGCGUGGUCUUCGUCUUCACCCUCGACAUCUCGCCCAACGCAGACGUUGUCACAUCGGCGUGCUUGUACUCGUCGGAGACUAGCACGUGGGGCAAGCUGAACUCGAGGGAACACGAGUUCGCCAUGGACUUUGAGCAUAAUUCCAGCGUGCUGGUUGGGAGGUCUCUGCUCUACUUCCUGUCCGACGGUGGGAUGACCCUGGAGUACAAUUUGGGCAGUGGUGAACUGGCUGUGUUGGACACGCCACCUAACGAUUACGGCAGUAAAAACCACAGAUUUAACCUCAUGGUGGCGGAGGACGGUUUGCUGGGGGUUGCCGAAGCCAUUGAUUUUCAGCUCAUAUCGUGGAAAAGGGAGGCGAGUGAUGGCACUAAUGCACGAUGGGUGGUGAGCCGGAUCGUCGACCUGGACAUCGAUCCAUGCACACUUGUUCCAGUGUUGGGCUUUGCGGAGGGGGCAAAUGCUAUUUUCGUGAAAACUGUUGGUAGUCUCUUCAUGAUCGAGCUGCAGUCGGAGCAGGCGAAAAGGGUGUGCCAUAAUCAUGGCUUCUGUAAUUUGAUUCCAGUUGUCAGCUUCUACACUCCACAUUCUGGGCUCCAAGUGCCCGGGGGUGAACACCAGGACCCAGCGCCACGGCUGAACCUACUGAGGAGGGGUGGUCAGCAAGGGGUAUGGGAGGAGAAAUCACUAGAAUUGGCGCAAGUGUUGUUUGAUAAGGGGUGCAAGGCUAUCAAUGAGAAGGACUUGGCCCACGCGGCUGACUGCUUCAGACAUGCUCUCGAGAUCAGGGUUCGACAUUAUGGAGGCCUUGCUCCUGAGUGUGCUAGCACGUUUUACCGUUAUGGAGGUGCCUUGUUAUGCAAAGCUCAGGAGGCAGCCAAUCGUUCAGGUAAUGUUUCAAAGCAUGCACCGAAUGAAGAAUCAAUCACACCUACAACCAACAAAGAUGAUUGUGAAGAAGGGGCAAACUUGCGUGGCAAAGGUCAGACGGAUGGGAACAUGACAGGCGAUGGAGAUGAUUCUGAUUUGGAUUUGGCCUGGAAAAUGUUGAAUACUGCAAGGGUGAUAGUUGCCAAGAGUCCAGAGAAGACAAUGGAGAAGGUUACUAUAUUGACUGCUCUAGCUGAAAUCUCCAUGAGAAGAGAGGACAGAGACAGCUCAAUCGGUUACUACUUUGAAGCUUUAGCGAUCUUGGAACAUUUGGUUAGGCCUGACCAUUUUCGAAUUGUCGAUCUAAACGUCCGCAUAUGUUUGGCCUUUGAGUUAGCAUCCAAGGUUGGGGAUGCAAUCCCAUAUUGUGCAAAGGCUAUUUCAUUAUGCAAGUCGCGUAUACAUAAUCUGAAAAUUGCCAAGGAAGCUUUGUUGGCUGAUAGAGACCUUAUAGCAUCUGCUGCUUAAGGACACUCAGGAAAGUCGACUCUGGAAGAUGAGAUAUCUUACCUUGCUAGAAUGUUGCCUCGAUUCCAGAAGAGGGUGAACAAACUUAAUUUUAUUCAUGCUACCAGUUUGGUUCUGCUCAUGAAUCUAGUGCUCUAUGAACGAAGAAUACGUUUUGUAAGGAACAAUAACAUCUCUCUUAAUUGUUUUGGUUCAGCUUGAAGAACUGAAGCAAGCAAUGUCAACCCCAAGCGACGGCAUAGAUAAUAUUAUGAAGAGGGUGGUCUCACAGGCAAGUCAUGAGCAGAGUGUUAACAAUACUAUGGCAAGAACUGCAUCUUUGACUUCUUCACAGAUGGCACGAUCAAACAACAGCUUCCAUUCCCCAACUAUGUCGACGGCAGCACCAAGAGGAAGCACUGGAAGUAGCGUAACCGACUUUGAGAUUGUUGGCAGAGACAUGAAACGAGCUAAAGAUGAGUCGAUCUCCUACGAACCUUCUCCAAAGAGACUUGCAGCAGAUGAUUCACCAUCCGUGAAUGAAAUUUGAUAGCAGCUAGAUAGAAAUUCUGAAACUGCCAAGAUAUGCAUGGGACACUCUAACAAGAUGUUACUACUCCCCAUUCAUUUUCGCUCAAUGGUGAAUACUUAUCUGCUGAUUUGUAUACUCAUUUUUUGAUCUGGUCACUAGGUGUUCUUGGCAUUAGCACAUAAUAACUGAUGGAUCAUCAGUGGCUCUCCGCA